AUGGGUUUUAUCGCACCGAGUCGUAUCGAGUUCUUUCGCUACGACGAUCGCAGCACGCCAAUUCCACCAGACACUCCUCUACAACCUCUGGCUCGGGAAACGUUGGCUAAAUUACCACUCGUAGUACGCUGCCAGACUAGCGAUAUAAUCGAUGAUAGUAACAACAGGACAUGCUUGGUGAUUUAUCCAUUGGAAAAAUCAAAAGCUGAAAUUAUCAAAGACAUUUAUUGUAAUUGUUUUGGUGAGAACUAUCAAGAAGUAAAAAAUAUUGUAUCUUACAUUGCACGUUUAUUGCAAGUACAAGCAGAUGUAUUAAAAAAGGAAAAUGGUCUGGAUGAAGAUGAAAAACGAUGUGAUAAGCGUUAG